AUGACGGUCUCAACCUGUCCUGCUCCGACUCGAGACAGACGGGGCGGCAGGAAGGGCGGCGGAGACCUCCUACUUGGGCUUCGCACGCUUCGGAUGGUCUUGGAGGGCUUGCUUGGCGAGCGAGACUUCAUCUGCGGGGGCAGACUCGCAUCUCUCCUCGACCACCUCUUCUACCUCGCCUAUCUCGCCUACCUUGCCCUUCUCAUCCGCUUCCCAUUAACGGGAAUCGUAUUUGGGGAAACAUACGCACGCAGGACAUCCUGA